AUGUUGGACGAGAACAAGGGAAAACCCCUCGACGAUGCCGGGCUUGUAUACAUGCAGCGCAAGUUCAUGAUUCAGAACGAUUCCACUGUGCCACCGCAGAAUCGGGUGACUGGCCUCAUAGACUUCAAGCAAUACCCUGAGCACACGCGGUGGGUUCACAUUACCGGAGCGCCCAUUUGCACUUUUGCCUAUGCCCUCUCCCAGCGGGGCGCGAGAAAGGUACUCUUUGACCUCUCGGUGGACCAUCUCGUCGGACCCUUUGACAACUCGCUGGCGGCCCUUUGCCGACGCGCCGUCUCGACCGUGGGCGUAGCCAAAGAUGCCUCCACGGCGAGAGACCGUGGCCUAGAUACCAAGUGCAUCAGCGUGACUCCACCUCUGUUCUUCCAUCACAAGGCCAAAGGACGUCUCGCAGGCGAUAGCGAUAUCCAGGCAAUAUUCAAUGACGGUGUCACACGCCAGAAGGGCUUCACGGAGAAUAUUGUGUGGAGUGCCAGGAACAACAUCAAAAAUAUGAUCAUGGGCACACCGAUGGAGAAUCAGUUUGUCGAGGGCGCAAAUGGAUGA